CGUCUCUGGCUGCCGGAGAGAGACAGACGUUCGCGCGGUGCUGGCGGGUAGUCGGCUGCGCCUCCUGCAUGCUGCCUAGACUCCCAUGGGCAGGUUUGCUUUCCACCUCUCUCCUCCUCUGAGUGAAGAUGUGGUUGUGUUGCAUGGCCGAGUGACGUCUAUGGCACACGAGUUUCCAGACUCCGAGGGAACAGGGACUGCCAGCAGGAUGCUCUUCCCCGCUUCUGUCCAGGAGUCUCCGCGUGGCCUGCCCGACGCCAGUGACCUGUGCCUUGGAUUGCAGUCUCUCAGCCUGCCAGGGUGGGAUAGGCCAUGGAGCACCCAGGAUACAGAUGCUGCAGCCCAGCCAAGCACGCAGUCUG